GUUUUUCACAAACCCAAAUACAAUCUAUCCAACCAUCCCAAAAAAACACUCAAACACUAACACAGCGAAUCGAACAAAUUCGAUCAUGGCAAGCUCGGUAGGCCUCAAGGUUGCAUGCAUUGUGGUGAUGUGCAUGGUAAUGGGUGCACCAUUAGCCCAGGCAAUCACAUGUGGACAAGUGGCAAGCAGUGUAGCACCGUGCAUCAACUACCUCAAGACUGGUGGACCUGUUCCUCCUCCAUGCUGCAAUGGUGUCCGAACUCUCAACAACGCUGCCAAAACCACACCUGACCGCCAAGCCACCUGCAACUGCUUGAUUUCCGCUGCUAAAGGCAUCCCUGGUCUCAAACCCAACCUGGUCUCCGGCCUUCCCACUGCUUGUGGGGUUAAUCUUCCUUUCAAGAUCAGCACCUCCACCAACUGCGCCAACAUCAAGUGAAGUGGGACAGUUUAGGCAAAUUUUCUGGCUACGGAUAUGGGUGUGGAAAGAAUAAAGUGAGCGUUUGGUGAUUGAUCUCAUUGGCUGUCUGAUCAUCAGGAAAUAUUUGUCUCUUUGCUAUUUGUGGUUUUCAUCUAAUUUUAAUGUAGUACUUUAUCUUUGUACUACGUACUCUAUUUCCAUUAAUAAAAAUAAGCUUAAUUUCUACUUCUU